AUGGAGACGCCGGACGAGCUGCUGGGUCCCAGCGCGGCGGCGCUGCGGCUGCUGGGCCUGCUGGCCGAGCCUUGGCGGCCCCUGGAAGAGCUCGCCAUCGCCGCCCUCAUCUUCGUCACCGGCUCCUCCUUCACUUUCAAGGGAGCCAUGUUCCUGAGAUACCGCCCCCGGCUGCUGCAGCUGGCGACGCAGCUCUGCGGGGGCGGACUGCGGCCGGACGUGGGGGCGGAGACGCGCCGCUGCUACCGCCAGCGCGGCCGCGAGGUCUUCCUCUACCUGCAGGCGAUACUGAGCGUGCCGACACUCCUGUGGUCGCUGCAGCCGCUGCUGGUGCCGCCUGGUGGCAGCGCCGCGACCCUCUCCAACAUGACGGAGCCUGCGCUCAAGCGCAGUACGCCGCUGCCCAUGUGGCUGCCGCCGGCGCUGCAGAGUUCACCCGCCUACGAGAUGGUGUACGGGCUGCAGGUAUUCUCCAUGCUGGUGGUCCUACAGACCUCUGUCUUCACUGGCAUCUUCUUCCUCGUCCUCAUGCUCAGCAUCGCUGCCGAGCUACACGUGCUCAACGACAGCAUUGCCGGGAACUGUGGGCAGGUGUCGAGCUCUCCCAGGCGACAACACAGUUUGUCCACGAUGGAAAGCCACCGUGCUUCUGAAGUAGAUGCUGCAAACGAUGGCGCAGUCACCAGUUUUGAGAGAAGCCACCUGCAGCGACAGAUGUAUUGCGACUUGGCGAACAACAUUCGGCAUCAUCAGUUGAUUAUACGAUGUGUCAAGGAACUGGAGGCUAUAAUGAACCUGCCCAUCUUCGUUCUUUUGUUUCUACACAUGGUGAACAUCUGCGCACAGAUCUUCGUCACCUCUCUCCUGUUGCAGAAGGACAAUGACUCGACAACGCUUUUCAAGGUGUUGUUCACGCUGCCGAUUUAUCUGUAUGAGACUGGACUUUACUGCGUGUUUGGUCAAAUCAUUAUCGACCAGAGCGACCGGUUGUCCAGCUCGGCCUACAGCGGCACCUGGCUGCAGGGCGACGUGCGUCUACGGAGGGCGCUGCUGCUGCUGACGUCACGUGCCGUCCACCCCCUCACUCUAACCGUGGGCAAGACUUACACGCUCUCCAGGCACACCUUUCUCCAGAAUGUCGAGAGGAUCGAGAAAGUAGAAUGUGUUACAGUAUACCACAUGAAUUGCUUCCCGUGGACCCCAAAGACAGGGGUUUCUGAGACGUGGAAAGAAUCAACGAUGUACUUUUUUAAGGGUAGUAAAAUUGACGACUUCAUCCAGCAGCAUCCAUUUAUCAUCAGCUGGUUGAUAUAG